AUGCCGCUGUACGGAAGGCUCGAGCCGUUCGAGGGAGACGGGUCCGCCUGGCCCAUCUAUGAGGAGCAAGUUCACGUGUUUUUCCGCGCUAACGACACGCCCGAGGAGAAACAGCGGGACAUUUUCCUGGCAAGUUGCGGAACCCAAGUCUUCAGUCUCCUGCUCGACCUCCUAAAGCCGGCUACACCGCAUACCAAGACGCUCAGCGAGCUGCUCACUACCCUGCGCUCGCACUUCAGUCCGGCGUCGUCCACGCUAAUGGAGCGUUUCCGCUUCAACAACCGGAGCCGCCGGGAAGGGGAGAGCCUCGGGCAGUUCGUCGCCGCGCUACGAGGUUUGGCGAGUACCUGCGCUUUCGGGGACCAGCUGGACUCGCUGCUACGGGACCGUUUCGUCUGCGGCAUAAACAGCCCCGCCAUGCAGACACGUCUCCUGGAACUUCCCGACCCCUCGCUGGACGACGUGGUGAAAGCAGCGCUGGCGAUGGACGCGGCGACAAAAGACGCCGGCGAGAUUGCGCGUGCGGCGUCAACAGAAGCGGCGGUCAACAAGAUGGUGGCAAGGGGCGGUAUAUGCAGUCGCUGCGGUGACGCCCAUUCCCCCUCACAGUGCCAGUUCGUACAUUCGCAGUGCUUCACGUGCGGAAAAACUGGGCACCUUGCACGAGUAUGCCGAACGGAGAAGCAGAACAGCGCACCACAGCAGCAGCCUGGAUCAAGCCCAGGUUCCACAACAGCCCGCGGUCAGGGUAGGCGUCGCAAGUGGCGGCGGGGACGUGCGGCAGCAGGCUCGGGUUCCUCCGCGGCCAGGCUCAACGUCGUGUCCGAGAACCCGCCGAUUUUCGACAUGUGGCACACAGGCUUUGUCCCGUCGUCUGUGCCGCCGUACGUGCUGACCGUCGAAGUUUGCGGGCGCCCCAUUUCCAUGGAACUGGACACGGGGGCCAGUGUGUCGGUCAUGGCUGGCAAACUUUUCAAAAGGACCUUCCCCGGAGUGGCCGUCGAGGCUUCAGGCGUCAUGCUGCGGAGUUACUCUGGAGAGCUUUCCCAGGUCGAAGGCCAGGCCCAGGUCAGCGUUCGUUUUGGCAACAGGGAAGCAACCCUUCCUCUGUAUUUGACCAAGGGGUCAUCACCGACGCUGCUCGGCAGAAAUUGGAUUUGCGCACUGGGUGUUCGGCUGCCAGAAGGCCAGGAAGCAGCCCUACAUGGCUUACAAGACAUCCCGAGCCUCCUAACAGAUUUCCAGUCACUGUUCCAGCCAGGGGUGGGCACAUUCGCCGGUACGACUGCUGGCAUCCAUGUACCCGAGGGAGUCCGGCCUCGGUUUUUCAAGCCUCGCCCGCUGCCGUUCGCACUGAAGGACGGGGUAACCCAGGAGCUGCAACGGUUACAGCGAGAAGGCAUCCUGGUACCAGUUAAGACUGCGGAGUGGGCCGCUCCCAUCGUUCCAGUCCCCAAGCGAGAUGGUGGUGUCAGAAUCUGUGGGGAUUUCAAGGUUACGAUCAACCCCGUCGCUACCGUCGAAAAGUACCCCCUGCCUCGGAUUGAAGAUCUCUGGUCGGCUUUGUCUGGUGGCCAGAAGUUCACGAAGCUCGACCUCAGAGACGCGUACCAGCAGUUGGUGCUCCAGGAGGCCUCACGGAAGUAUGUCACGAUAUCGACAACUAUGGGGCUUUUCCAGUAUACGCGUUUACCAUUUGGAGUGACCUCGGCACCAGCCAUCUUUCAGAGAGAGAUGGACAACCUCUUCAGGGGCAUGAAGCACGUGGCAGUGUACUUGGACGACAUCCUCGUCACCGGUAUUGACGAUGGAGACCACAUGCAGAAUCUGCACAACGUGCUGGCCCGACUUCAGGAUGCUGGUCUCAAGCUCAAGCGGGAAAAGUGCGUGUUCAUGGUUCCCAGUGUAGAAUACCUCGGACACGUCAUCUCCCAAGCCGGCCUGACUCCGGCCCCCCGCAAAGUUGAGGCUGUUCUGAAGGCGCCGAAGCCCCGAAACAAGAAAGAGCUGCAAAGCUACCUUGGUCUCAUCAAUUUCUACAGGAGGUUCCUGCCCAACCUGUCUGCGCAUCUACAGCCACUGCACAUUCUGCUUCGAGAUGGCCAGCAUUGGGUGUGGAAGAAGGAGCAGGACGUGGCCUUUGAGCACAGUAAACAGCUAAUCACCAAGGCACCGGUGCUGGUGCACUUCGAUCCAGCCAAGCCUGUUGUCCUUACUGUAGAUGCAUCACCCUAUGGUGUAGGAGCCGUCCUAGCGCACAGAGACAAGGAUGGCCAAGAACGCCCGGUGUCGUUUGCUUCUCGACGUCUUCACACAGCAGAGCAGCGUUACAGCCACCUGGACAAGGAAGGCCUCGCCCUCAUGUUUGGCGUCGAGCGUUUUCACCAGUACCUGUGGGGCCGAAAGUUCGAGGCAGUGACGGACCACAAACCACUGCUGGGGCUACUGGGGCCAGACAAGGCGGUCCCCGUGCAGGCAUCACCUCGAGUGGUACGAUGGGCCUUGAAGCUGGCGGCCUACAGCUACCAGUUGGUGUACCGUCCGGGAAAAGACCUGGGACCUGCCGAUGCCCUGAGCCGGUUGCCGCUGCCAGAGGUGCCUGCUACUGUUCCAGAGCCAGCUGAAGUGCUCAUGCUGGAGCAUGCGUACCCAGAGGUACUCUCCAGGUCUGCUGUGUCGCAGGCGACCAGUCGGGACCCGGUCCUGUCCCAGGUGGUGAAGGCAGUAUCCCGAGGGGAGGAGUUGGUGCAGCAGCCCUACAGCCACAAGGCCGCUGAGCUGAGCCUGGAGCAGGGCUGCCUACUUUGGGGUUCCAGGGUGGUGAUCCCACAAAGUCUCCGGUCCAGGGUCCUGCAGUUGCUGCACGCGGGGCAUCCUGGCGUGGAAAAGACAAAGAUGGUGGCCCGGUCCCACGUUUGGUGGCCUGGACUGGACCAGGACAUCGCUCACAUGGUGCAGAGCUGCCAAGUCUGCCAGGAACAUCAACGGGCCUCGCGUCAUGUGGAGAUCACCCCAUGGCCAUUCCCACAGAGGCCCUGGUCCCGCCUUCACGUGGAUUUUGGGGGCCCCUUCAAAGGCCACUACUUCCUGGUGGUAGUCGACGCAUUUUCAAAGUGGGUAGAAGUCCUACCUGUCACCACUCCGUCAGCAGGUGCGACCAUUGCAGCACUUCGGCAGGUUUUUGCAGCCCAGGGGCUGCCGGACAUCAUAGUCUCCGAUAAUGGGCCCGCUUUCGCCAGCGCAGAGUACCUGGCCUGGCUGACAAAGAACGGAAUCCGCCGAAUGAUGGUUCCUCCGUACCACCCUGCUUCAAACGGUGCAGCUGAGCGGGUGGUGCAGACUAUUAAGGACAAACUUAAGAAGAGCCAGGCUGGGGAUUUCCGUACGCAGGUCGCCCGCAUACUCUUCCAGUACCGGACUACACCUCAUGAUGUCACCGGCCGUGCCCCCUGUGAGCUUCUGCUGGGACGGAUGGUGAAGACACCGUUGGACAUUCUGCAUCCAGACCUCCGGUCUACGGCGCUCCUCAAACAGCUGAAGCAGAAGCUGGCUGCUGACAAAGGGUGCCGUCCUUGGCCAUUGCCGGAGCCUGGAGUGCCAGUAUUCGCCAGGAAUUUCCGUUCUGGCCCACCUUGGUCUGCUGGACAAGUGGUCUCGCCUGCAAGCUCCUCCUCUCUGCUCGUACGAAUGCAGGAUGGAACCACAUGGCACCGGCAUGCUGACCAUGUGAGGGCUAACCGCGGGACCUGGCUUGCAUCCACGGCAACACCAGUUGCGGCCAGUGAGACAGCCAUUUCGCAAGGGACAGGCGCCUCCAAUGGUGCGCCACUAGUUGGGCCACCGGCAAGUUCAGUGCCAUCUCUGCCAACCACAGCAGUGUCUCAGGAGGAAUCAAGCGUGGCACAGGCAGCACCUGGUGCUACAGCACCUAGUCCCUCAACACCUUUACCCAGGCGGAGCAAUCGACGACGAAGGGCACCAGACCGCUUUUCGCCUACCUAAAUGAACGUCGAACCGGCUGGGACUUGUAUUUUUUUAUGUUGUGUACAAUAACUGGGGGUGAGGGGUGUAACGAGCGUGUGGCGCCCUGCCUAGCCUAGUUUCAUGACCUCGCCAGGUUCGGCAGGCAACCUUGGUCGUGCGUGAAGAAUAAACACUGACGAGCGCGGCUCGGCAGUCAGUAGCUGUU